GAAGAGGAAGACAAAAAGGUGGGCAAACGGAGUAAAGGCAAAGAAAAAGCGGAAGUGAGGAAGGAAGAAGAAAAGGAGCCGACCGCCAGAGCUUUGCGUUCUCUUUUGGCUAUUGUCAAGAAGUUGGUCCUCAGUGGCGACAAGUCACGCUACACGGCCGAUGUUAUACGUUCAUCCAUGCACCGAGGCACGCAGCUGACCGACCAGGAAUGUCAGGUGCCGCUUCCGUAACCAAUCUCAUUUUGCCGUUCGUCUCGCACAACCCCAACAGCUUGCAUAGAAAACUAGCCCCGAUUUUACGAGCCAACAGGCCUUGUCGAUGAGCGCAGGUGCGUUUUAUCAGUUGAUGCAUCAAACUUACGAGCUCCCAUCAGGCGGCGAUACCUACUUUACCAUCAUACGAAUGGCGACGGAGAAGAAGCGCGGUGUCUUUGCUACCAUUUUCGAUGUCAACCUCGUUGAAAGCUUGGCAACACAACGAGAUUUGGAACCGUCGUGGCGAUUCCUAUUCAUCAAUCGUCAUAAUGUAAAGAUCCUAGCAGAAAAGCAAGUUGCAGUUGCUGAAGAGAAAAAGAAGCGUAAGAAGAAGCAGAAGAUCUCAAGUGGUACCCAAGGCAAAAACCCGUCAGUAUCCAUCCGAGACCCUAGCAAUGCGGGUAAACUCAAGGAACAAGCGGAUUCGACUGCGGGCGCGCUAAAGCUUCAAAGGAGCGAGCUGGCAAGGCUUCGGCAUUCAAGAACACGACUUGAAACACAGCGUGCAGAGAUCGCCCAUUCUUACCGUAAAGCAGAGCAAGUCAGCUCGGAAGGGCGCAAGAUUUACACGGAGCUUAAGAAGAUCCGCUCUGAAAUCAACGCAAUGAAUAUCGAAAUCAGAGAGAAGGAAGAAGCCGUCCAAGGCGCGAGUCAGCGACUAUAUGACAUCAACAGCAAGCUGGCUGGAAAGAAGAAGGGAAUGCCAGAACACAACGAAGAAGAGAUGAUGCGUCGCACUGCAGACGUCGUAGAGAAACAUUCCCAGGGGUUAUCGAUUUGGGGACUACGGGUAGCGAUCCCGACCGUGCCGUCACAGCUACUAUCCAGCCGAUGGAUGCUGCUGAAGCCUUGAAUAUCAUUUACGCGCGUGCCAGCAGUGGAAAGUUUAGGAAAGAAGGGCUGUCAGAAGACUUCAGAAGCCUCUCAAGAUGAGCGCGGCAACGACGGGUCAUGCGACAUUCCGUCAUCUGCAUCGCAAGCGUCGCGAACACGGAGUGGUCGAUCCAGAAAAGCUCUCGAAGAUGCGACGAACGCGAGAGAUACGCACGAAGAAGUUUUAUCAGAAAUUUGCAAGCCAUGUGCGGAAGAAUGCAGU